UGGGAAAUUUUCAAAAAAUUUUUACCACCGAGCGGUUUCGAAAAUGCCUCCCAAAGCUAGCGGUAAAGCUGUCAAGAAGGCCGGCAAGGCCCAGAAGAACAUCACCAAGGGUGACAAGAAGAAGAAGCGCAGGAGGAAGGAGUCGUACGCAAUCUACAUCUACAAGGUGCUCAAGCAGGUCCACCCCGACACCGGUGUUUCCAGCAAGGCUAUGUCGAUCAUGAACAGCUUCGUGAACGACAUUUUCGAGCGCAUCGCCGCCGAGGCCUCCCGUCUGGCUCACUACAACAAGCGUUCCACCAUCACUUCUCGGGAGAUCCAGACCGCCGUCCGUCUCCUUCUGCCCGGUGAGUUGGCCAAGCACGCUGUCAGCGAGGGUACCAAGGCUGUGACCAAGUACACAAGCUCCAAGUAAGCGUCCCCAACGCAUCAGCGUCAACCGACUCCUCGUCGCCGAGCGCCACAAAACGGCCUUUAUAAAGGCCACCAAUAAACUCAUUCGUUUUACACUUUAGCAGACCCUCACUUAAUAGAUACGUAUAAGUUCGCACGUGUUUUCCUAUCCUGUGCGCAGCCGUUAACU